CAACAAUUGGUAAACACUUGUAGAAAUUUACAAUUUCGCUUAAAUAAUGGCCGACGAUGCUGGCCAGGACAAGCGCAAGCAACACCGGGCACGCCAGUCCGGCGUUAAGGCCGACAAGAAGAAGGUAAAGGCCAAAAAAGACGCGAACCAAAAGGAACCGGAGCUAACAGCGCGUCAACGCAAUCCCAAAGCGUUUGCCAUCAACUCAGCACAACGUGCGGAGCGCAAUUUCCGACGCAAAGAGGAUCUAACGGCAAAAAAGCAGCACAUACCAGUCGUUGACCAGACACCCGAUGAGCCGCCACCAGUGAUGAUUGCCAUUGUUGGCCCACCCAAAGUGGGCAAAACAACGCUGAUCAAAGAUCUGAUCAAGAGUUUCACACGCACCAAUGUCACCGAUAUCCGUGGCCCCAUCACGAUUGUGACAUCCAAGAAGCGUCGCAUCACGCUGCUGGAGUGCAACAACGAUGUCAACUCAAUGAUCGAUGUGGCCAAGUGUGCGGAUUUGGUGCUGCUGCUUUGCGAUGCCAGCUACGGCUUCGAAAUGGAGAUUUUUGAGUUUCUCAACAUUUGCCAGGUGCACGGCAUGCCCAAGAUUAUGGGCGUACUUACGCACCUGGACAUGAUCAAGAAUCCGAAACAAUUGCGCAAGCGCAAAAAAGAGCUCAAGCAUCGCUUCUGGACAGAGGUCUACGAUGGCGCCAAGCUCUUCUAUCUGUCAGGGCUGCUGCAUGGCGAGUAUCUGCGCAACGAGAUCAAGAAUCUGGGUCGCUUCAUAUCCGUCAUGAAGUUCCGGCCGCUGCAAUGGCGUGGCGCGCACAGCUAUCUGCUGGUCGAUCGCCUCGAGGAUGUGACCAAUACGGACACAGUGCGUCGCAAUCCGAAGUGCGAUCGGGAAGUGGUGCUCUAUGGCUAUGUGCGCGGUGUGCCGCUCAAGCAGGAGCAUAUGGUGCACAUUGCCGGCCUGGGCGAUGCACGCAUUGAUGAGCUGAGUCUGAUACCCGAUCCGUGUCCGCUGCCAGGCACCGAGAAGAAGCGCAGCCUGCUGGAAAAGGAGCGUCUGCUCUAUGCGCCCAUGUCGGGUGUGGGUGGCAUUGUCUACGACAAGGAUGCUGUCUACAUUGAGCUGCACGGCUCACACUCGCACAAGGAGAAGACGGCCGAGGCCACCGAGCAGGAGGCGCUGGUCAACAAGCUGAUCGAUAAGAAAGCCACCAUGGAUGAGCAAAUGGAAGAGCAGGAGUUUCGACUGUUCUCCGAUGCUGCGCCCAUUAAAUCCAAGGAUUUCAAAAGUGACGAAGAGGCGUCCGAGCAAGAGGAUGACGACGGUGCUGAAGAUUCUGGAAUGGACGCCGCCUCCAGUGAUGAAGAGGAGCAAACUGACGAGUUUGCUGCCAAGGAUUGGCGUGACGAGAACAGUGACGAUGAUGACGACGAGCAGCCGGAUCAGGACAGCGACGAGGCAUCAUCGGGUGAUGAGGAGUAUCAAAACUUGACGGAAAUCAAUAAAACAGCAGCGAACAGUGACUCCGACCAUGAUGAUGGUGAUGAUGAUAAUGAUGAUGAGGAAGAACGCAUUCUGGCCAGCAACAUGAGCUGGAAAACGAAUCUGGCGCAAAAGGCGCGCGAUGCCUUCCUGCAACGCCACUCGGAGUCACGUAAUCUGAUGCGUCUCGUCUACGGCAUUUACAAUAAGAGCGAACACAGCAAACAGCAACAGCAGGAGGACGCCGAGGAUUCGGAGGAUGAACUGGGCGGCCUGUUUCGCUUGACGACCAAAAAGCAAACCGAAAUGCAAAAGGAUCUAGACAUUCGCGACAAGGACGAACGCUGCUUCUUCGAGUAUCAGGGCGAUGCCACUCGUGACUGGCUGUCCGACGCAAACAAGGAGUUGAUCAAGAACUGUUUUGUGACUGGCAAAUGGAAGGCGUCCGAGGAUGCUGAGAAUCUGCUGAAACUGGACGACAUGAGCGAUGCAGACAGCGAGGUGUACGGUGACUUUGAGGAUCUGGAAACGGGUGAGCAGCACAGCGGCAAGCCUAAAGUAACUAAUGAUGAGGAGCAAAGCGAUGAUGAGGCAGCUGCUCCAGCCAGUCAGCCAGAAAACACAGCUGCCAAGCGCAAAAUGACACGUGUCGAGGAGGAGAAUCUGACCAAAUCAGAGCUAAUGGCCAAGAAGCUGAAACUCAAAGCGAAAUUCGAUGCAGAGUACGACAAGACCGGCGAGAAGGGCGAAGAGGAUGGCGGACGCAUCACUGGCGAUCACGGCUUCUACGACGACCUCAAGGCGGAGGCGCAGAAGCAAAGCGAGCUGAACAAAAGCGAGUUCGCCCAUCUGGACAACGACCUGCGCAUCCAAAUCGAAGGCUAUCGCGCCGGACUCUAUGUGCGCCUGGGCUUCAAGAGUCUACCCGCGGAAUUUGUGGAGAAUUUCGAUGCCAGCUAUCCGGUGCUGGUGGGUGCCCUCAAUAUGACCGAGGAGAAUGUGGGCUAUGUCAAUUGCAAGGUGAAGAAACAUCGCUGGUACAAGAAGAUCCUCAAGACGGGCGAUCCGAUUAUCGUCUCGAUGGGCUGGCGUCGUUUCCAGACUGUCGCUAUUUAUGCCAAGGUGGAGGACAAUUUUAGGCAUCGCUAUCUGAAGUAUACGCCGAAUCAUGUCACCUGCAGCAUGACCUUCUGGGGACCGAUAACGCCACAAAAUACGGGUUUCCUCGCGCUGCAAACCGUGCGCCAGGAUCAGGAGGAAAUGAAGCGUCUCGGCUUUCGGAUAGCUGCCACAGGCUGUGUUACCGAGUUGGACAAAUCUUCGCAGAUAAUGAAGAAGCUGAAGCUGGUGGGUCAUCCAUUUAAGAUAUACAAGAAUACGGCGUUCAUUAAGGACAUGUUCACCUCCUCGCUGGAGGUGGCCAAAUUCGAGGGUGCCAAAAUCAAAACCGUAUCCGGUAUACGUGGCCAGAUCAAGAAGGCCCAUCACACGCCCGAGGGCUCCUAUCGUGCCACAUUCGAGGACAAGAUCCUGCUCAGCGAUAUUGUCUUCUGUCGCACCUGGUUUCGGGUGGAGGUGCCACGAUUCUAUGCGCCCGUCACCUCGCUGCUGCUACCGCCGGAGCAGAAGAGCCACUGGCAGGGCAUGAAGACGCUCGGCCAACUGAAGCGCGAGCGUGCGCUCCAGAACGAGGCACAGCCGGACAGCAUGUAUACGGAGAUCGUGCGCAAACCAAAGAUCUUCCGCCCACUAGUCAUACCCAAGGCACUGCAGCGCGCCCUGCCCUACAAGGAUAAGCCCAAGCUGGGACCAGAGAAUCCAAGGGAGGCGCUCGAACGCGUAGCCUUCAUCAACUCCCCCUACGAGCAGAAGGUGUCUAAAAUGAUGAAUAUGAUCGAGACGACCUACCGGGACAAGCGUAGUCGCGAUCGCAAGGAAACCAAGCAACGCUUGCAAAAAUUCCGGGAACAGAAACGCGCCGAUGAAGCAUCCAAAAUGAAACGACAAAAGGAACUGCGUAAAAAGGUCUCCAGGGCCAUCAGCAAAAUGCGUGGCAAGAACGAUAAAUGAUUCAUCGAUGUAAAGCAGCUAGGAUUGUAUAGAAAAUAAAUUUUGAAACAUUUUCACUUUCUCUGGUUUAAA